AAUGAAAGAGUCUAACAAUAUAUCUAACACUACAGUAUUUCGUAUUAUUAACGUUCAAAAAAAAGUCUCAUAUAUAAGCCGAUGUGAACAAUGAUGCGAAUAUUGAUUAAACAGAAUUCGUGGAUACAGAAAGCGGCAGUCGACGGCGAUGGACGCGUGCUUCACGGCUUUCGAUAAGGACGAGGAUGGAUUUUUAUCCAUCCUGGAAUUUGAAUUAAUUUGUCGUGCACUUUUUCGUAACGACCGCGGCAAGAUCUACGGCCUGGAGGAGGAACAAUUAAGAGAGAUCUACGCCAUCUUCGACACAAAAGGCGACGGGCUCCUCGAUCGUGAGGAAUUCGAGUUGUGCUGGAAUCGCUGGAUAAAAGUCUGCACCAGACCAAGAAGCGCAUUCCUGAUCGUGGACGUUCAAAAUGAUUUCAUAUCCGGUUCGUUAAACAUAAAGCAAUGUGCGGCGCAGCACGAUGGUUCAGAAGUGAUAGAACCGAUAAAUCGUCUCUUGGAAUCUGUACCCUUUGACGCGGUAUUUUAUUCACUUGAUUGGCACCCCAUUGACCACGUAUCCUUCAUCGAUAAUAUACAUCUGAGAGAAGUGGAUGCUUCGAGUGGUGUACCAAAGGAAUCAGCCCGCGUCUAUGACACAGUAACAUUCCGUGGGCCGCCAUUGAUAAAGCAACGUCUGUGGCCUCGUCACUGCGUCCAGGAUUCAUGGGGCGCCGAACUUCACAAGGAUCUUAAGGUCGUAGACAAUGCCGUCAAGAUAUAUAAGGGUACAAAUCCAGAGGUGGACUCUUACUCUGUUUUCUGGGAUAAUAAAAAGCUAACAGAAACCACACUGUCCUCGCAGCUGCAAUCUAAGGGGGCUACGGAUAUUUAUAUUUGCGGUUUGGCUUAUGACGUUUGCGUUGGUGCUACCGCCGUGGACGCUCUAGCCAGUGGAUAUCGCACUAUCCUCAUUGACGAUUGCAGCCGCGGGGUUGACCUUGUGGAUAUUGAAAAAACGAAGGCGACAGUUAUUGCAAAUAAUGGCGUGAUAGUCAAUUCUAGUCAGGUGAAGGCCAUGGUCGAAGGAAGGGAUCGAAGGCCGGAACUUGGCUAUAAACUUGCUUUAGAGAUUAAACAGAAGUUGAGUAGUAAUGAUGACGAUAGUAAUUAAUUUCUGUUGUUUCCUGAAUGUUAUAAAUGUAUUGUUCUGUCCUAACCAUCUGAUUAUAAUUAAGCAUGUAGAAGUCAAUUAAAUUGAUGGAAUCGAUAUAUAAUAUAGCUCAUACGAAUUUUAUUUUUUACUCAUUAUUCAAUAUACAAGCUACGUUAAUUACCUCCAGAUGUUAUUAAAAGCAAAGUUCAAAAUACAAUAAUACAUUAUAAUAUUUAAAAGUCGA